GCGCUGGGCAAUCCCGCCCACGGGCUCGGCGUGCCGCGGUCUGGGCUCGCCCCGGGCCGGGGAAGGGCCCUAUACGGGGGCAGCAGCCUCUGGCCGCGGCGGUGCGGUGGGUCUUGACAUGUGCUCCCUUCUAUCAGGCUCCGGCUGACCCGCAGGGAGGAGGGAGAGUUGCGGUUCGGCUGGGCUUUGCCGGCUGUUCCCCCUCCGCGCUCAAAGGCCCGGCGUUUCGUUAUCUCUGUGAAGCUACAAGCGGCAGAUGCUCGGAGGAGAUGCCUACGUAACACACGUUGCCAGCAAUUGUACAAAAUACUUCACCACUGAACCAGUUGCUCAGGUACCCUGCCUGUCUUUGUUGCUAUGGGAGAUUGGAAGACUAUUACUGUGCCAGUGCUGUCAUCAGAUAGCAAAAAUAUAUUUCAAUAUACCUCAGAAAGAAAGAGAUCUCCUACAAGCAUGAAUUCACAAGUGCUACGCUUGCCACUGCCUUCAUCCAAAAACAUGCACAGCUUUUUCAGUGCCUUCUGCACAGAAGAGAAUAUUGAACAGAGUAUAUCCUAUAUUGAUAGGGAAUUGACAACAUUGGGCUUUCCUUCUAUUUAUGCGGAAUCCAAAGGAAAAGAGUUGAAUUUAAUAUCUAUCAUAAAUUGUAUAAAUGAAUUGCUUGCACUCCAGCACAAGAACCUUCGAGCUCAGGAAGAAGUAGAAAUGCAGCAUCUGAAACUGGGAAGUGAUAUGGAUCACUUACAGAACUGCUAUGCUAAAUUAAAGGAACAGUUGGAAUUAUCUAAAAGGGAAAUAGUUGGGCUUCAGGAAAGAGACAGACAACUGCAAAGCAAGAACAGAAAUUUGCACCAGUUACUUAAAAAUGAAAAGGACGAAGUUCAGAAGUUACAGAACAUAAUUUCAAGUAGAGCUACACAGUACAAUCAUGAUAUGAAGAGGAAAGAGAGAGAAUAUAACAAAUUAAAGGACCGCUUACGUCAAUUAGUCAUGAACAAAAAGGACAAAAAGAUAGCUAUGGAAGUUCUAAAUUAUGUUGGUAGAGCUGAUGGGAAGAGAGGUGCAUGGAGGACUGAUAAGACAGAAGCCAGAAAUGAAGAAGAAAUGUACAAAGUUCUGUUAAGUGACUAUGAACAACGCCAAAAACAGCUUUUAGUGGAAAAUGCUGAGCUGAAGAAAGUUCUUCAGCAAAUGAAGAAAGAGAUUAUUUCACUUCUCCCACCACAGAAACAGAAACCUAAGGAAAGGUCUGAAGAUGGGCUGGUGCUGUCAGACCUGGAGGAAGAUAUUGGAGAGUUAAAUAAAGAGAAUAUGUGGGAAUUAUCUUGUGAAACUGUGCGAGAGCAGCUUACAAACAGCAUUAGAAAACAAUGGAGAAUGUUGAAAAAUCACGUUGAAAAGCUGGAUAACCAAGUGUCACGUGGACAUUCAGGAGCCUGGAAUGAAAAAGAUGUCAUUUCAAGAGAAGACCAUGAGCUGGAAACUGAAAAGCUAGAGUUAGAGAUUCAGCAAUGUAAAGAAAUGAUCAAAACUCAGCAACAGCUCUUGCAGCAACAGCUUACAUGUGAUGAUGAGACCACUCUGUUACUACAAGACUGCUACUUGUUGGAAGAAAGAGAACGUCUUCAGGAAGAAUGGAGACUAUUUCAAGAACAAAAAAAGAAUUUUGAGAAGGAACGAAGAAGUUUUACAGAAGCUGCUAUUAGAUUAGGACUUGAGAGAAAGGCAUUUGAAGAAGAUAGAGGAAUGUGGCUGAAGCAACAGUUCUUAAGUAUGACUGCUGAUUGCAAGCACUCUGAAAAUGUGACAACUCCAAGUGCCUUCUUAAGAAGUUCUGACCAAGACAACUGGUUAGUGAAAUCUACAUCUCAGCAAAGGAAACCUCCCUCUGUGUUGAAUGGUUCUGUUUCAGCAGAACCUUGCCAGACAUCUCAGUAUAUUACACAUAACAGCGUUGAAUCAAAAAAAAUUGCUGGAGAUAGCAUGCCAAAUCUGUGGGUGGAAAGUGAUGACAAAGAAGAAACUGGAGAAUGCACCAAGUCAUGGGAAGACUCUGGAGUUGGCACUCUGCUCUGUAGAAACUUGCACAUGGAACAACUGCCUUAGACUUCUGAGGGUUGCCUGCUGGGGUUUUUGUUAGACAUUUGUUCAUAAACUUAUCGUUCUAAAUGAAACAGAAUGCUGUAGUUUGAUCAUUCUUCCAGAGGAUUAUGUGGUGAUCUGAAUUGUGGUGUGUGUAUGUGCGUGCACCUGGCUUUUAUUUUUUAGACCAUUUUUUGCCUCUUUUUCUUGCAACUCUUGAAAGAAGACAAUUUAAAAAUAUAUAAAAGCAUUGAUAUUUUUCUAGUAACAGAAGCUCUGAUUCUAUGAAUGAAGCAAUGGUCUGAAACUUUGACUGUAAUGAAAUACUGGAUCCUAAUGUUACCUUUCAUCACAGGCAGAGAUAGUACUUUUAGAAAUUGUUUAAUUACUGGAAGCAUUCAUUUAUGUUUCAAGUGUAACUGGCACUAGAUCCUCUUUUGCCUCGACUUGAAUGUACAGUAUACUGUAGAUUUUUAACAAAACAGGUUCUAUAUUUAUUGUGUGAUUUGAAAAUACCUCUUUGAUAUUUCAAUGACGUAAAGCGCAAAAUCUUUAUAUAUUUGUAAAUAGACUAAGUGGUCAUGCUGAGAAACCAUGAAAUUAAACACGUGCGUACAUAAAUAUUAUUUUACAUUGCAUUUUGAAUUGUUUUAUAGUGAUACUCAGUUUACAGAUGCAUUAGGACUUUCAAUGGUUCAGUCAAGAACCAAAGUCUUUUGAAUGUGAACAAUAAAUGUGUAAUUCUAUUCUAAAAAGCCCUGGUUCUAUGUUUUGUGUGCACUAAAGGUAUAAGCUAUCAUGGCUGUAGGGUUGUAUACAACGUCUACCAAUCUGGUGCUGGUUUUGUAUUAUGUUAAUUUUUCCUUUUAAUUGACUCCAGAAUAUUUUUUUCGUGUAGCCUUUGGGGAGUCUCUUGUUUAUAAUGUAAUAAAAAUAACCAAGUAGAGGUAAGAUGUUUGAGUCUCCUUCACUUGACUAAAUGCCUGUAAUUUUCCUUGCCCAGUACAAAUCCAUCUUGCCUCUUGUUGA